GGCAUUACUCCAAGGGUUAAUUUGUGUUGCACGACACGUAUUUCACCCAUGAACUGCGUAAAUCGUGUUUUCUAUCGCAAGUCGUCCGUAGACGCGUUCUUAAAAGUACGUUUAGAUGAGAUACGUUUUGUCGAAUCAGUUCAUCGCCGAUUCCUUCUCGGAUUACGAGUUUUCGUAUAAUACGUAUUUUGUUCUUUCAGACAUAUUUGAAAUAAAAAUGAAGAUACCAAGCAGCGGUUCUGGGAAUGAUUAUGGCACGGAAACAGACAUUAUUACAUACAUGGAAAAUAACUAUGAGUCCGAACUCGACGUGCCAGAAGCAGAGGACAGUGACUUUUCAGAAUAUCUCUGGAUGGAAAAUGAGGAAGAAUUUGACAAAGAGGUGAUCCAACAAUUGAUGGAAGAAGAACUAACAGAGGAAUGUUUAAAAGCAAUGUGGGAGGAUGAAAAACAACUUGAAAGAAACAGUAGUAUCGAUACUGAAAUUUGGCAACAAUUAGACCGUUUAAGCCUUCCAGAUGAUGUUACCGAAUGGAGUACAUUAAAUCCAAAUGCAGCUGAAUUCGUACCAGCAUUCAAGCCCGCAGUAACAUCUGUAAGUACACCGCCAGAAGUAACUGCAAAAUCAUCAUAGAAGCCAUACAUUCCCUUCUUUAAAGUAAACAAAAAUGGACUGUAUGUAUGGCUAAAUAUUUACCACCCACAGUAACACAGUUGUAUUAACCGGAACAUAUUAAAAGUUAAACAGCUGUGACUAAACGUACAAAGAUAUAACGAACGUCAAAGUGGAUAAUACGUAAUGCUGUUAUAUGAUAAUCCAAGAUUAAUGAAAUCAGUUGCAUAACCAAAAAUUUAAAAGCAAAAAAAUAGAAAAAAUAAUGCUAUUCAAAUUUUUAUAGACAGAAAAUAUUGCAUAAUAUUAUAAACGUUUAAUUUUACAUAUAUAUUUUUUGGGAAUUAAUUAAUUAUGAUAUAUACAUAAAUCACUUGUUAAAAAAAUUUGCAAUUUAUAUUUCUUGCUUAAUCGAGGGCAAUUAUACACAAAAGUUGAGAAGUUUUCAUUACUUUUGUUUUAUAUAUAUGUUAUUACAAAUUGAGGCAGCAUAUAUGAAGGAAAACCAUUUACUGAUAAAGUCUCGAAUCUUUAGUCAAUUCGUAUGAAUCACCUUCACUUUUGUAUUAAUUAUGUUGUACAUAUGUACACCCGAUUAAUUAUUGUAUCCAAGACAAGCAUAUCCUUUUUAAUUCUUUCAGAAUAUUUCUUUUUAUUAAGAUCUGAAGGUUUUUAUAAUGUAGUAUGCGUUUCUAGAGAAACACUUCUCCUAAGAGUUCCUUUUAUAACACUUAUUUUAUACUGGUAUACACCUUCCGUAGGAUCACUGACAUAAACUAAGAACAAUAUAUACCGACGUCAUUAAGACACGAAUAAAAUAUUGCAUUAAAAGAA